CCCGCCCCCGGCCUGGCGCUCCGGGCGCUAUAAGAGGGCGGUGGCCGCGGGGCGCCCUGCGCGGGGCCAGGAGCGCGAUGGUCAGCCGCCGAGGCGCGGCAAGAUGCUGGAUGGGCCCCUGCUGGCGCGCUGGCUGGCCGCGGCCUUCGCGCUGACGCUGCUGCUCGCUGCGCUGCGCCCCUCGGCCGCCUACUUCGGGCUGACUGGCAGCGAGCCCCUGACCAUCCUCCCGCUGACCCUGGAGCCCGAGGCGGCUGCGCAGGCACACUACAAGGCCUGCGACCGGCUGAAGCUGGAGCGGAAGCAGCGGCGCAUGUGCCGCCGGGACCCGGGCGUGGCCGAGACGCUGGUGGAGGCGGUCAGCAUGAGUGCGCUUGAGUGUCAAUACCAGUUCCGCUUCGAGCGCUGGAACUGCACCCUGGAGGGCCGCUAUCGGGCCAGCCUACUUAAGCGAGGCUUCAAGGAGACCGCCUUCCUCUACGCCAUUUCCUCUGCUGGCCUGACGCAUGCACUGGCCAAGGCCUGCAGUGCAGGCCGCAUGGAGCGUUGCACCUGUGAUGAGGCCCCUGAUCUAGAGAACCGGGAGGCCUGGCAGUGGGGCGGCUGUGGGGACAACCUCAAGUACAGCAGCAAGUUCGUCAAGGAGUUCCUGGGCCGGCGGUCGAGCAAGGACCUGCGCGCCCGUGUGGACUUCCACAACAACCUCGUGGGUGUGAAGGUGAUCAAGGCCGGAGUGGAGACCACAUGCAAGUGCCACGGUGUGUCAGGCUCCUGCACCGUGCGGACGUGCUGGCGGCAGCUGGCACCCUUCCAUGAGGUGGGCAAGCGCCUAAAGCACAAGUAUGAGACGGCGCUCAAGGUGGGCAGUACCACCAAUGAGGCUGCUGGAGAGGCUGGUGCCAUCUCACCGCCACGGGGCCGGGCCACAGGGACUGGCGGUGACCCUCUGCCCCGCACGCCGGAGCUCGUGCACUUGGAUGACUCGCCCAGCUUCUGCCUAGCUGGCCGCUUCUCCCCUGGCACCGCUGGCCGCAGGUGCCACCGCGAGAAGAACUGCGAGAGCAUCUGCUGUGGGCGUGGCCACAACACGCAGAGCCGGGUGGUGACACGGCCCUGCCAGUGCCAGGUGCGCUGGUGCUGCUACGUGGAGUGCAGACAGUGCACCCAGCGUGAGGAAGUCUACACCUGCAAAGGCUAGCGUCAUGGCUGUGUGUGCAGCGCCACCUGCAGGCUGAGCCCCGGGCCGGGUGCCCCCAGCACAUUUGGGAAGGGGGGGAGGCAGGAGCCAGGGGCAAGCUGGGUGGCUGUCUCUGCCCCUCUGUGUCCACUGAAAGGCCUGGUCUGACCUCCGCAUCCCCUUUGCUUGUUCCUCCCGGGACCGACUGCAUUGCACUGAUGCUUUCCAGGCUGUGUCUGUUCCUGAGACUCCAGUUCCUGCGUCAUGGUGCCCCUCACCACCUGGGCUCCCACUGAGGGGCGUGGGUGCACUUUCGUGACCGCAUAGGGCCUGUGUGGCAGCCUGGGGGCUGCCCUGCACCAGCUCUAGGCAGAGUCAAACCACUAGGAGAGGGACGGCUGGCCGACCAGAUGUGGGGACACUGCUACCCCCUCUGACAUGCAGCACUUCUCUUUGGAGUGAUAUCAGUGACUUCUAAGUUAUUUUUAUUUAACUAAUAUAUAAUAAUUAUUUUCUCUGUCCCUGCCGUGUCCCAGGCUGUGGCUCCUCCGGACUGGAGGGGCCCUUUCCUCCCCACCUCGCCCCCAACUUCUUUGCCUGAUCUGCUUUGUGUUUGAAACCACUAAGUCAAGAGAGGUGUUGUGGUGGUUGUUUUGAAGAAUUAAAGCAAGCUGUGUCUGGCCAGCUCCCUCAGGGCUUCCGGAAGCCAGAUCCCAGGUCCAGGCGGGCUGCCCCCACAGAGGUCAUCCUGGGAAGGGUGCCUGUGGGCACACAACCCUGCAUUUUGGCCCUAAAAAUGCAGAUUUUGGGGCCAGGGGUGACAGAAGAUAACCUGGGGGUGUGCGUGGGCAGAAGAGCAGGGCCAGCCCCUUGGAGGGUUCAUUUCACAAAGAAGGCACAGCUUGCUCUGUCACUGUGGGAGAAGCACAGUGGGGACAGACAUGGAUGGAGAGCGUCUGGGGCCAGGAUUUGGCAAACGGAAGGCUGUUCUCCUUGGCCAUGAUGUCUUUGCGGGAAGGGGAAAAGGAUGGCCUACACUGACCUGGUUUGGUUUGAGUGUGUGCACGUGUGUGCAUGUGUGGUUGCAUGCUUGUGGAUGUGUGUGUAUGCAUGUGCAGUGUGCAUGAGUUGUAUGUGUGAUAUGUGUGUGCAUGUGCAUGCUUGUGUGUGAACGUGUAACAUCUGCAUGUGUGGUGUAUGUGCAAGUGUGUACAUGAGAAGAUAGGCAUGUCCGCAUGGGUGUGCAUGUAUGUACGUGGAUGCAUGCAUCUUGUGUGAGCAUGUGCAUGUGUGUGCUUCUGCAUAUGUGUGUGAGCACGGGCGAUGUGUGCAUGCAUGCAUGUCCGUGAGCAUGUGUCCGUGUGUGUGUGGGCAUAGUCUGUGGGUGGUUGGGGUGUGGCCUCCACCCUGUGCCCUUCCUCAGCGUGAGUGGCAGCCUUGGCUGUGGGGCCUCUACCCUGGGCCUGUCCUUGGCUGGGUGGGUGAGCUCCGAGGCUGUGGGCACUGCAGACGCGGGAACUACUGAGCUAGGGCAUUCCUCGGAGUUCUGGGGAGGCUCCAGGAACCCCAGGGGACUGUGUUUUUUAAAAGAAAACCUAUUUAUGUUGAUGUGGGUCUUUUUGUCCCUGUUUUAUAGUGUAAAUAGUAGAGUUUAUUCUCCUGUGGUUCAGAGGACACCCCGUGAAUAACUGUGCUGAUGGGGCUGGAAGGGAGCCAGGUGGGCUCCGUGGUGACAGGUGGCGUGGGCCUGCCCUUGGGUCCCCGUAGGCCUGUCUGGACAGGGUGGGGUAGGCUGGGGUGCAUCCCAGUCAUCCCUGUGCACCCCCACCUGCUGGGGCCCAGAGCAGGGGGAGUGGCAGGCAAGACUGUAACCAGUCACUACUGGGUCUGGAAAGGUGUCAAGUCAGAGGAAGGAUUUUCUUUUUAAUCAAAUACCACAUUUAGCUCUAUCAUAAAUAUUAAGAAAAGUAUUUUUUUAAACAAGGCAGACUGAAAACGUCUGCUGGCUGGUUUGUUUAUAUAUAAAUAUAUAUCAGAAUGUCUUGCUAAGCAAAGAAGCAACUCCCGUUGAUAGAGUCUCUCCGUAACACUUCUCUUCCGUGUGGGAGAGGAUCUCUAGAAGAAAACGCAUCUGUGGUGGGGCCAGAGCCCCAGGUUCAGCCUCUCUGGGGGCCGCGGGGGUGGGCGGGCAGGCAGCCACGCUGAGGGCCAGGCGGGUCCCGGCCACCUGCUCCCCACUGGCUGUGCAGAGUUCCAGGCUUGGUUCGGCCAAGUCUAGCAGGCGGGAGGAGAGGGGGCAUUCACACACAACUCUCCUCUCUGUUCAGACUCUACUGCGAGCCUACCCACUUCUCUACCUCAUCUGUAUAGCGAGUAGGUGUGUACUCGAGUGACUUGGAGAAUGUAUUUAUUUAACGGCUUUGUGUAACAGAACCAGAAAUAAAUGGAAACACUAAAUAAACGUAUUUUAAAUUAUA